CUUUUUAUGAGACAUCUUACGUGUUCUUUACAAGAAAUAAAUUUCCUUAUUUUGCAUUCUACAGAAAUCAUUUGGGGCGUGCGAUCGUCAGAAAACCGCAUUGUCGUCAUAUGCGCGAGCCGCCCGCUUGUCGAUCGGAACAGCCGCGGCAGGAAUCGGAAAUUUAUUCACUCGCAAAAUGGCGACUGCUACUGCAAACAACUUGUGUCCAUGGCCCAAUAGUCAAGAUGAUUAUGAAUUACGAGAUGUUAUUGGUGUUGGAGCUACUGCUGUGGUUCACGCUGCCUUCUGUGUACCGCGCGGUGAGAAAUGUGCCAUAAAACGUAUUAAUUUAGAAAAAUGGAAUACAUCCAUGGAUGAAUUAUUGAAGGAAAUACAGGCUAUGAGUAGCUGUAAUCAUGAAAAUGUAGUAACAUACUAUACUAGUUUUGUAGUACAUGACGAAUUAUGGCUGGUGCUGAGGCUCCUUGAAGGAGGCAGUUUGCUUGAUGUUAUAAAGCACAAGAUGAAAGUGGCAAACUGCAAGCAUGGAGUAUUUGAUGAGGCAACUAUUGCUACAGUUCUCAAGGAGGUCCUCAGAGGAUUAGAGUAUUUUCAUAGUAAUGGACAAAUACACAGGGAUAUAAAGGCUGGAAAUAUAUUGUUAGGGGAGGAUGGGACUGUACAAAUUGCUGAUUUCGGUGUCUCUGCGUGGCUGGCCACUGGCAGAGACAUGUCUAGGCAAAAAGUUAGACAUACAUUUGUGGGCACGCCAUGUUGGAUGGCCCCAGAAGUCAUGGAACAAGACCAUGGGUACGACUUCAAGGCAGAUAUUUGGUCUUUUGGCAUAACUGCUAUAGAAAUGGCAACGGGAACCGCGCCAUACCAUAAGCACCCACCAAUGAAAGUAUUGAUGCUAACAUUGCAGAAUGAUCCACCAAAUUUGGAUACUGGUGCGGAUGAGAAAGAACAAUACAAAGCAUAUGGAAAAACCUUUAGGAAAAUGAUCGUAGACUGCCUGCAAAAGGACCCAUCGAAAAGGCCAACCGCUACAGAGUUACUGAAGCACCCAUUCUUUAAGAAAGCGAAGGACAGAAAGUAUUUGACGCAGACUCUAGUUGCUAUAGGACCUAGUAUGGAAACUAGGGUACAUAAGGCGAGCAAGCGUUCCACGGGUGCGUCUGGCAGGUUACACCGCACAGUGACGGGUGAAUGGGUAUGGAGUGAGGAAGACGAGGAACAGCCAGCUGCCGAGGCGCCAGAAUCUGAUGACGAGCCAUCCUUUACUGACGACCAGAGACCAAUGAACCAGUUACAGAAGGCUGACUCUAGCGGCAGUGACAAUGAAGGCGAGGAAACGCAAGCGAAGCCGCCAAAACAAGCCCCGGCGCCCCCGGCUCCAGCUCCAGCGCCACCCCCGCCACCAGAAACUGCAAAGACUCCAUUUGGCUUAACAUCUGGCGGAGUGCCUCCGGUCGUGAACUUAGUGCUACGAUUAAGGAACGCUCGCCGUGAGCUGAACGACAUACGUUUCGAGUAUAUAGUCGGCAAGGACACUGCUGAAGGCAUCGCUUUGGAGUUAGUAGGGGCUGGCUUGGUCGACCCUCACGACUCAGUCCCCAUCUCCGUAAACCUGGCUAAGUUACUCGAUGCACAGGUGUUGCCUGGUACUUCCCACCCUAAAGCGGUUACAUUCCAUUUGAAUUCGGCUGGACCCAACGAGCAGUUCGAUGACAAAACACUGAUAGGAUUUGCGCAAAUCUCAAUUAUUGAUUAAGGACAGAAGCAGGGUUGAAAUAAUGUGUAAGAGGCAAUGUGUUUGGUGGCCGGCGUCUAGCUAUAUGUACUUGUAUUUGUUUAUGGUGCUAAAAUGUGAAGGCUUCAUAAAAUUACGGUAAUUUAAUUUCCCUUAUAUUAUUACGUUAUUAUUGGCCAUUUUUUUCCAUCGAGCCAAAGAAUUUUAGUCUUAAAACUUAAUUAUCGUUUUGGUGAGUAGUUAUAAGAUUUAUUGUUUUUUGUUUUGUUACUGCGUAUGCGUUGCCUGUUCGUAAAAAAUAAUAUAAAAUUGUUUUAUUGAUUUAUAAUAAUUAUUAUUACUGAAUGUAUGAGUCGCCGUUUAGCCAUGGAUGUCUGUAACGUCUAGAUGUUUUUAGGGCUAGCAAUUACUUUUACCAAACAUAUCUUGAUGUGUUCCUUGCAUUGUAGAUUAAAGUCGUCUGUCAGUAUAUUAUACUUUACAGAGCAGUCUCAGGUUUUCUUAAAUUAAAAGUUGAAAAUUUCUCUCUUUAUUUCCUUAGGUAGCCAGUUUCGAAAGUCAGUAAAUGUAAUUUAUGUAUUACGACUACGAAAUACGAUACGUAAUUAAUAGUCUUACAGUUAGUAUGAUUGAAUUACAUGUUUGUAGUGUGUGACCUGCAUUAUCUUCAAAGCAUUGGACCCUACAGUUAUAAAUCAAUUAAAAUGGUUUAUUACACGAUUUUUAUUUAGAGGGCGUCAGUAUUACAGUCCUCAUUGACUCUAAUUAAGACGAAUUAGAGAAGGGGCAUUAUUGACUGUUGUUUCGUAAUUAUAAACCCUAUAGCGACUACUUAAAAUCUAGAAUUGUCCAAAAUAGUACUUGCUAUUUGCAAUCUAUUUGUAAAAUGGGAUAUUGAAUUUAGAUCAAGGUUUUUACCGCAGGUAGUUAAUAUAUUAGAAUUAUACAAGUUAUGGUAUAAUUUGUUCCUAACGAAUUUUUAGUAUUGAGAUUUAUCAUCUAAUUAGUCUAUGAACCAAUUCCGACAAUAUGUGACUAGAUUGCUUUUCAGCCAUAAUAGAGCACCUUGCUCACUGUAUUGAUAUAAUUACUUUAUAUAUUUAGAUGCUUGUAUUCCUUAAAAUGAUGAUCUGAUUAUUUAAAUAGACAUAGUUUGUGCUAAAUAAUAUUCGAUUUUUAUAUAUAUUUUUUAAUAGCGCACUUUUUUACAUUCCUUCUUUGUUUCUAUUGUUUUAUGCACUUUAUAACUUUAAUAAAAAUGCUGAAUUAUCGGUAACAAAUAAAUCAGUUCUUUGUUUAAAUAAAAUGUUAAAAAAUAAUACAAAUUUGCUGUUGUACAUACUAAAUUCUUAUGAAACGACUUAAUAUUAACUUGAAACAAUAUCAGUAUUAUUAUAUCGUAACAUAAUUUUUUACUCUUCUGUAGUCAUUGUUUUAGGGAGUUUAUUAAAUUACGUGGAGCUGUUGUGUGUAUUUUAUGAGGUGUAUAAUAUUAUAUGGCGACAUUACACUGUGACCCGUCUAAAAUGGUGUCCUGAGACCAGUGAAGUAUAUUAUCUCCUGCAUAUCGGAACUUAUUAGCUUAACGGUUAAUUUCAUAUAAAUAUGCCAUUAAAAAUUAAUCAAUAACCAUUUUUUUAUUAUCUAAAACGCUGUUUAAUAUAUUUUUUGAUAGUUACAAUCGUGAGACAUAGAGAAUUUGUGGAAAACCAUUCGGAUCAUAGAGAAUUUCUGGAAAACCAUUCGGAUGCGCAACGUUGACGCGACGCGCCCCGUAAGAGUCCCGAAUUUCUUAGUUAAUUCGCGCUUUUCAAUGCCAUUUGUGAGUGUGUCCGACACUAAAUAAUUCCUUAUUUGACGAAAAGUCGAGUAAGACUCCAGAAGCUGGAACUGCUGAAUAAAAAAGAAAAAAAAACUUUAGCUCUUAUUAUGUAGUUUUUUAUACAAACAAGAUAAUGUAUGUUUCAGCUAAACCCAGUCUCCCUCCGCUGCGAUUGCAGUGCUCUGUCGAAAUUUCGCCAACACACCAAAUUUCUCACGUAAUUUGUGAACAUCCCAUAGCAAUAUUGCUUAGGAGAGCUCUUUAAGUGUAAUCAGUAGCACUAUUCCAUUGUACUAAGAAACAUUCGAGUCACUGAUAAUAUUUUUACAUACAUUCUUUUCUUGUUUCUGCAAUGUCGUAAAUACAGGUGUUACAUCAAAUAAAGUUGAAGUAAAAGCUAAAGUUGAUCUUAAUCUAUCUAUUAGUAGCGCCCUCUGUGCCUACGGACAGGAGGUUCAUACUCUCAUAUUCUUCAUCCGACUCUUAUGUUUCUGGUUUUUCUCUUGCGCGCGCGCAUCGCCGAACAUUACACGCGUAAUAGUUAACUCAGGGCUUAUUUCUCAUAGUCAGAUAAAUGUUACCUGAGGAAUAAAAUUGUUGCUAUCACUGUCUUAUACAAACAUUCUGACGUGACAGCAUCAUAAUUAUUCUCCGGGUAACUUUUUCCUAUCCGUAGGAAAAUCAGCCCUUAAUGUAGCUAAAUAUUCUUAACUUUUGUAUAUUAUAAUGAACAUUUAUAAGUUAGUGCGUAGUGUUUAAUUUAAACCUGAACACUAUAGACACUACAAAAUUAAGAUGCUAUGAUAAAAAAUAUCUUAUCAACAUUAAAAUAUAUAUUUCAAGAAAUCUUAUCUUAUCAUUCUUCUAUAUCAUACUUAUUAACUUACGUACAUCUGUUUAUAUUUAUUAAUUAAUCUUUUAUAUAAUAUAUUUUAAUUUCUUACAAAAUCAGGUAACUUUCUCUUUAUAUUCAAAGGACGAAAGAAAAUACUACUUAUUCGUGGUACUAAAUAUUAAGUUUAUUCUUUGGUCUUAGUGUGAAUUUGUAUUGUGUUUGUCCAUUAGAACAUAAUUCAGGGUAUUUGCGAACAAAUUUAUUAUUUCAUAGAUCUUAAAUCUAAAUACAAGGUAAAAUGCUUGGAAGUGAGGUUAGCAACUACAUAUUUGUUUCUUUUAUGUGCAAUACAUUUCUUAAUAGAAUUUUCGGAGAGGAAUGAUUUAGGGUGCAUCGUAAAUACUGCGUUUGUUUUUAAGACGGUCGUCUUUUAAUAAAUUCCUGGUUAUCAUGAUACUUUGGGCUUUUCGAAGUAGUGAAAUAAUUGAAAAUCGACGACUAAGUUGUGAAUUGUUCUAUAAAAAGUAAAAACAUUGAUUGAUUUUUGUAGUGUAGUAAAGUUUGGAAUUUAAUUUUAGUGAGGUUUAUUUUUAAUCGUAUUCUGCCAGCUAGUUUGUUAAAAUCAUGUAAACUCUAUCGUGUAUGGCCUCCAUAAGAAGGUUAUGCAACUGUAUUUAUCGGUGUCUGUUCAUAGAAAGUUGUUCUGUGACUUAUAUUUUUUUCUUUUUUCAAUAUACCUACUAUUUGAUUCAUUUUGUGGUUAUGAAUAUCUUGUUGUUCUGUACUGUCUGAGAGAAUUAAUGUUCUCAAGUUAUUGCUGUUUUUGUCUGCAUUUGAUUAUUACCAUUUGUGCAAAGAAUUCAUUAAUCACUGUUUUCCUACUAUAUAAAUACGUUUAAUAAUUGAAAUUUGCUUUACUUUAUUCGAAUUAAAACUACGCUAUAAUUCUAGUUUUUGCACAGUAGCGUCCUCCAUAAUUUGGUGACUAACUAAGCAGUAGUAUUUAAAGUUCAAUACAUUUGACGAAUUGAAACUUUACCGCGUUAAGCACUCUGAUGUCAAACUUGCAACAAGACCAAUCAGAUCGUCGUAUGUCAUAAUCGAGAAGAUCGUCGUAACAAAGCAAAAGCACUAUAUACUCGGACGGCCACUAUGUACCACAAUACGCGAAUAAGAUGUAUUUUUUCUACUAUACAAAUCUUCAUGCUUUCUAAUCUGUACAUACCUGUCCAUUCCCAUUUCAAAUAAUUGCGCAUUUAUUUAUACAUAAUAUUAGUAUGAUAAAAGAAAGUUGGUAGUUUUCGAAAAGAAACUAAACAACUUUACCUUCUAGUGCUUUGUAAAUUAAUUUUAAUUCUCUGUUAAUAACAUAAUAAAAUAAUUUUACAGCAAAGUGAAUAAGCCGGGUAAAAUCUAUAAAUAAUAUAUAAAAAACGUGAUUUUUAGUAUUAUUUUCUACGAUCAAUCUAUUGGUAAUUGUGUCAAUGUUAGUAUCAUAUAUUUUAUUUCGUAUGUAGAUACAGGGUUUUAACAUUAGUUAAAAAUUAUUUUUUUACUAAGUUAAGUUUGUUUUUGGGCAUAUUCGUUUUUAAGUUUCUAAAUCGUUGUCUAUAAAUGUAUCGUAGUUGAGGAUGAGGGUGUGUGCGUAAUAUAAUUCGCAAUUUCGCAAUAUUCACUGUUAUUACGUUUAUUUUGUAGACUGUUAAGAUUUCCGUCGGUAAAAUAAUUUGAGAUAUUAUUAAGUAGAAACUGUAAAACUAUUGUUUAGUUGCAAUAUGUUAUAGAAUUUGUUUUCAAUGGAUUGUUCUCAAUCUAUUAUGAUAUCUUUUAUGGCUGGGUCUCGACUAAGAUUUUAACGUGAUGUGUUACUUUAAAUAAAUAUAGAUAUAAUUUUAUUAGUUCGCACGUAUCGCACUGUGUACAAAAAGUUUAAAUCUUUCAUGUUACAUUGUAAAGCACAUAGCACCUACUACUCUGUUAUUCCAUCUUUGGUGAACCUG